ACAGACAGAGAGACAGACAGACAGACAGAGAGACAGACAGACAGACAGAGAGACAGACAGACAGGACGGUGGGACAGACAGACAGGUGUUUGGUAGGUUAGAAAGUGCUGAACGUGAUGACAGAACUGUGUGUGAACCAGCAGGAAGACGCAAGAAGGUAUAACAGAGGAACUGCAAAGCAUGAGGACAGAGAUUAUCAUUCAGAUGUAGAAAAUGUGGAGGAGCGGCAGAGAUAUGAGAGGAUGCUGAGCGACCCUCUGCACGCUGUGGAUCCGGAGCAACAGGAGCUGUUGGGCCGGAGGAAACCAGCACUAGUCAGAUCAAAGACCUUCGACCACUCUCUGCUGACUCAGGUCCAGACUGACCCGGACUCCAAGAUAGAGAGGAAGAAGUCUCACUACAGCCAGCUUUCGAAGAGCAACUGCCAGUACCAUAAAAUAUUCAAGGAGAUCAGCAAAGAGGAGCAGCUCAGACAGAGUUACACCUGUGCUCUGCAGAAAGACAUCCUGUACCAGGGACGCAUGUUCGUGUCCGACCACUGGAUCUGCUUCCACUCCAAGGUGUUCGGCAAAGACACAAAGAUCGCCAUCCCGGUGAUGUCCGUCACGCACAUCAAGAAGACCAAGACGGCCAUCCUGCUGCCAAACGCGCUGGUGAUCGCUACCGCUAAUGACAGGUAUGUCUUCGUGUCCUUCAUGUCCAGAGACAACACCUACAAGUUCCUGAUGUCCAUCUGUCUUCAUCUGGAGGAGAAGAGUCCGUGCAGCAGUCCCAUCCCCUCCUCAGCUGAGAGCAGCUUCAGAGGUCAGAGGUCACCUCUGUCUCCUCGCUUCCCUCUGAGUUUUCCGGGUGAUUUCUGUGAUCUGGAUGUGGCAGUGAGACAGCGGAGGCAGGAGAUGGAGGAGAGCAGCAGCUCAGACUCACAGACCCCCGACUACGACAAGAUAGCAGAGUUCCCUGUUCCUCAGUUUCUGGAUGUGUUGAAGCACACAGACAGUGCAGCUCCUCCUGAACCACCAGAGCAUCAGCACAAAGUGAAGACCCAACACCAGAACCAGCACCAGAACCAGAACCAGCAGAGCUCAGACACAAAGCAGCACGACACACACCACACUGGCUCAGAGGUUGUGAUCGACAGCAGAACUCUGAAACCAGUUUCUCUCAACACUCUGCUGUUCGUCUACCUCCUACUGGUGUGUGUCCUGGUCUUGUCCUCCUGUUACCUGGCUCUGAAGAUCGUCUCGUUGGAGCAGAGACUGACGACACUCGGCUCCGUCAACGAGUUCAGCCACCACGAAAACGACUUCCUGCAGGCGAGUGACGUGAACACAGAGCUUUUCUCUGAAUUGCUGAGCAUCAACCUGAUGAAGCUGGAGAAGGUGCAGAAAAACCUGCAGAGACUUCUGGACGAAGCUGCCUGAACGGACUGGAAACCAGUACACUGCUCUGUAAAUAACCUGUAAAUAUGUAGUUUACUGUGGUUGAAACUAACAAAUGCAUUAACACAAGAGGCUUGAAAAUGAUGAUACGCACAAACACGAGAUGCACUGUUUAAGAGUGCAGUGAUGUCACUAAACCACUGGAGGUCAGCAAAAACAAACAACUGCCAGCUACAGUUACAGACCAUCCUGUGAUUAAAGUUUCAUUACCUGAAAUAUAAUACAAUAGUAUUACAAUAAUACUGCAUCUGCUUAAUGUGAAUGUAGUAGAAACAGCAGUAUUUUAAAACAGGACAUUUCAAGUGAUCAAAUGAUUUCUGGAAAGCAAUAAGAGUGCGUUAUUCUAUUUUAUUCUCAAAUUUUUUGGUCACACUGAACUCACUUGUGUUUACAGUAGAGGAACAUUUCUGCAUGUUGAGAGCAAUGACAAAGACAGACUUUAAACUUAACUUUAAAACCCCCGACUGGGUUUUUUCUCAUGUUUACCUCUGCCUCUAAGCUUUAUUGUGUCAUUUCUGAUGUGAACUAGAAAUUUAAAAAACAGUAUAAAACCUACAGUGCACUAUAGGAGGAAGUUAUCUGCUUCCUUUGUGAGGACGCUAACUGUCCUUUUCCACUUCAGGGACUAAACAACCUGCCACUUUCUUGAUUCUCACAGCCUGUUUUUAAACUGGAACAUUUCAGAUGCAGGUCAUUAAAAAGGCUUUGUGGGGCUAAAGUUGGUGCUGUGAGGGUUCGUUGUCGCUACUUUUUUAAUGUUUACUUCAAUUAAAAUGGUAAAAACUUUUAAAAAAUUGCAAUUGUUGUUUGUUAGGUUUUUCCUCAGAACAUGUGACUGUGCAUCAAUGAAGACCAUCAGUUGUUUUUUUGUUUUGUUUUUGCUAAUUGAUGGUUAUUGAAAUUUUUAACUGGAAUAUAACCAUAUAAUUGGUUUGUACUUUUUGCUGAUUUAGCUCAUUUAAUAUUCCUUGACAUUCAGCUGUGACUAUGUGUUAACAUCAUAAAGCUGAUUUAUGAUGUACAGACUGUUACAGAUAUAAAUGACUGUGAUUCUGUAAAUACAUAUGAAUAUAAUCAUGUGAUCCUAUUUCCCUCUGUUGGAGAAUAAGGUUUAUUUUUGCUGUAA